AUGGCGACCGCAGCGUCCAACCACUACAGCGUCCUGACUACCCCCAGCAGCGCGCCGCCGCCGCACUCGGAGUCCGGGAGCAUGCAGCAGGCAGCGGCGUACAGGGACGCGCACACCCUGCUCCAGAACGACUACACGCUACCGGGCAGCGGUCAUCCCCUCAGCCACGCGCACCAGUGGAUAACGGCUCUGUCGCACGGGGACGGGGCUCCGUGGCCGUCGAGUCCCCUCGGAGAGCAGGACGUGAAGCCCAUUCUACAGAGCGACCGGGAGGAGCAGCAGAAUUCCGCUAGUCUACAGCAACAGCAGCAGCAGCGACACCCUCACCUAGCGCACCAGGCGCAUCACGACGCCAGGGCAUGGCGAACGAGCACGGCCACCACGCACAUCCCCGGUAUGGCGACGUCUGACGGCCAGAGCCUGGUGUAUUCCCAGUCUGGGUUCGGCCUGGGGGGACCAGAGCAGAUGCACCACCAUUCCUUGCGGGACGAAGACCACCACAGCCACAGCCCGCACCUGAGCGAGCAUGGAGGUGGGGGACAGUCGUCUCUCUCGCACCACCAGCACGGGGGACACCCCGACCACUCGGACGAGGACACGCCAACUUCAGACGACCUGGAGCAGUUUGCCAAGCAGUUCAAGCAGCGGCGCAUCAAACUGGGCUUUACCCAAGCUGACGUGGGGCUGGCGCUCGGAACCCUGUAUGGAAAUGUAUUUUCCCAGACCACUAUCUGCAGGUUCGAGGCGCUUCAACUAAGCUUCAAAAACAUGUGUAAACUCAAACCACUGCUUAACAAGUGGCUGGAGGAGGCGGAUUCCACCUCCGGGAGCCCCACCAGCCUAGAUAAAAUCGCGGCUCAGGGGAGGAAGAGGAAAAAGAGAACCUCCAUCGAGGUGGGCGUCAAGGGGGCUUUGGAGAGCCAUUUUCUCAAAAGUCCCAAACCCGGUGGCGCAGAGAUCACCUCCAUAGCGGACAGCCUGCAGCUGGAGAAAGAAGUGGUGAGGGUUUGGUUUUGUAACAGACGGCAGAAAGAGAAGAGGAUGACGCCCAUUGGAGGACAGUUACCUGGAACUGAGGACAUGUAUGGGGACACACCACCUCACCACGGCGCUCAAACCCCUGUACAAUGA